AUGGCCAUCGGCAUCAAGCUAACAUUUGGUUUGAAGUUAUGUCUGGCUCACUACUGUGACAUUCAUGGACCAACCCCCCUGAUGGUCACAGAGGGACUGAGGAACCCGUGCUCUGCGUGUUUCCAGGAACCCGAUGCCUUGUACGCGUCACCGUGUAAGCCGAGAACCGACAAACGAACAAGAUCCAGCGGCCCAGCACCUGCGCCGCAAACACAGCUCAAUGACGCGCUCCGUCAUCUAAGCAUCAGCCGCAGCGGCUCCGCUCCAGCUUCGGAGCAUGAAGCCAAUGGCCCGCGAGCCGCUCUGCGUCAUUCUGCAGCUGCCGCAACCAACGACAAUCACGCAUCCUCCACGUCCGCCCUGGAAACGCCGCCCGAGAGCCCGCGGCCAGUUUUCCAGCAGCCGCGUCGAGACUCGAGCUUCAGAAGGACGUAUGACGACACCGUCACGAAAAAACAAGGUCCUUGUGACAAUUGCGCCAUGACGCUCCCGAGGCGGCAAACCCCCGGCGCAGUCGCCGACGGCUAUGCCACUGGGGCUCAUGGACCGACUUUGCGCACCAAGGCCCCUUUCGAGCGUGUUUUUGGGGCCGCCGGAGUAGCCUCACCGCCCAACUCACAAACGUCAAGCGACACGGACGGAGACGGCGAAUCGUCCACAAGGACGACGACGUCGACGUCGACACAUGGGCUGCGGUCUCGGAGAAAGGCUCAGAGAGCCAGCAGCUCGAGAAAUAACUCUUGUUCCAGCAACUCAACCUCGUCUGCGGAUCAUACCCCGUACCAUUUCCACUAUGUCAAUUACACCUCGACACGCGAGCCGAUGCUGCCUGAUUCGUUCUCUCUGAUCCGUGCAUCAUGCCUGAGAGCGCUGUCAUUUGAGACUCUUCCGCGAUCUCCCUCCACCUCUUCGCCAGCAUCCUCCCCGCAGCUCAACACGUCACCUUCCUUUGUGACGACGCAAAGCCCGGGUUCCGCAGCCACCGGCGGGCCCAUCUUCUUUGGCGAUGCCUUGGCCGGAUACACGACGGCUUACAUUUUCCGCAUUCCAGACAUGCACGCCCGAGGCCAUAAGAGGGUCUACGCUUUUCUGGCUCUGAGCACGCACAAGGAGAGGCUGGCAAUGAAGACUUUUAGCAUGAUUUCCACGGCAUUCGGGAACCUGGCCUCUUGGAUCCAACAGCUCGCCGAAGUCGAGGCCGAGCGCACCGCCACCAACUCUUCGCCGACUGGAAGCGUGCUGCUGCAACAAGGGGGAGGAGGACACCCACAACCGCACCCACACCCGCACCCACAGCCUUCUGCGUUGGACGCGCCUGCCGCCGUAGACCGGUCGGGGAGCAGCUUCUUUGCCGGCGGCAGCGCCUUCACCAGGCGGAUGAAUGGCGGCCCUGGACCCUCUCCCUUGAAAGCUCGAGGACUUGCUGAGCUUGUCGGUCAGCCUGAUUUCUUUAUCGAGCUUCACGGCAAGUUUGUGCAACUUCUCCUCGAAGUUGGCGUCGCCUUGAACUCUUGA